AUGGACGAGUUUGUGGCAAACAAGAAAGAUAAUAACUUUUAUCUUGAUAAAGACGAAUACGCUAAGUGUUUAGAGGAAGUAAAAACUGCAAAGAACAUUAAAAAGAAGGAAGCUGUUCAUUACAGGCGUAUAAAACGCUAUGAUAUUUUGACUAUAGGCGGCGAAGAAAAGCUAAAUGCCCCGAUGAAGGAAGAUAAUGAUGAAAUCAAAUAUUAUGUUUGUUAUGACGAUUUAUUUAACAUUCUCGAAGAAACGUAUUUUGCUGUUGGACACGGUGGAAGAACAAGGACACUUGUCACUAUCAUUAUUAUAUCUUUAAAAUACUAUGUACUCAUUGUUUUAUUCCUAAAACUAACAUCUACCAGCUGA